CCAAUGAGAACUUCUCUAAUUUCUUGUCUGUAAAGUUUGAGUAAUUUCUUUUCUCUUACAAUAAACAAUAUAUUCGCAUUUGUCAUUAUUAAACUAUUCACUCACCUAAUUACUACUACUAGUAAUUUGCUCCAAUACUUGUAUUUGUUUGUUGGUUAUUUAUGCUUACUCAUCUCUCACUUUCUUCACGCCAAUCAUCCCUUCCACCUAAAGAGUUUCCUUUCGUGAGAAUUACUUCCCUUUCUUUUCUCGUCGUACUUUGUUUCUUUGACUAAUGUAAACAGCGUACAUUACUUGUCCCUUCAUUAUUGAACUGUGUUCGUGGAAAGGUCUGCUCUUUAUAAUAAUCAAUUGUUAAGAAAUGGGUUCUCGCUAAAUCCUUGGUUUUUUGGUUACUAGUACCUUACUCUUUUGCUCAGAUAUAUAUAUAACCUUUUACAGUCAAAAAAGUUCUGACUAUGUAACUGUAAUUAGGCCAUGGCCAGAUUUUGUUCUUUUAAUUAGUAAAUGACGAGAAAGAGUGUGUAUAUUUGUGAUAAGAUUGUUUAGACUAUGGAUAUAAAUUUUGUUAGUAAGAAAUCUCGGAAGAUGGAGAAUUUCUGUUUCUUUCGUUAGUCUUGAUUCUGUAUGAGUUAUGACUUCAACCCGUUAGUCUAAUUUGCUUUUGGUCCUAUUGAAUUCAAGUUGGUGAAAUCUUUUGGAAAGUUAAGCUCAUACUUACCUGAAAUACAUUAUUGAUUGCUAAAUGAUUCUUUUGUACUUCUAAUCCCAAGACAUUCUUUGUAAAUAUGUAAACUUCAUUAACUAGCAUCCUAUUCCAUGUGCCUCAUUGAAGGUAAAGUAUACAGUCAACAUAUACACAUGAAUCAACUCAUUUUUCCUUUUCCCCCUAAAUAAUCUAGUCAUGAUCAAGUAAGUGUUGUUUUCUGCCCAAAAGAUUAUGCUUAUUUUCACCAUGCUAAUCUAGUUUAACUGGUAUUAGCCUCUCGAGUCCCUUCGGUUCUGUUCUAGUUUCUCUUCUUUAAGUUACUUGUCUGUAAAAAGGGAAACAGAACAAAGCUUUUCCCUUCAUUAUCCAACAUUUUGAGUGGUAAUGGAAGAAACCUUUGUUCCGUUCCGUGGAAUUAAGAAUGAUCUCAAAGGAAGACUGUUAUGCUACAAGCAAGACUGGACUGGUGGUCUCUGUGCAGGUAUCAGGAUCCUGGCUCCAACGACCUACAUCUUUUUCGCAUCAGCAAUUCCUGUUAUUUCUUUUGGUGAGCAACUAGAAAGAAGCACUGAUGGAAGUAUAACUGCAGUGCAGACUCUUGCUUCAACUGCACUUUGUGGUGUGAUCCAUUCCAUUUUUGGUGGACAGCCACUCCUUAUACUAGGAGUAGCUGAGCCAACUGUACUUAUGUACACUUUUAUGUUCAACUUUGCAAAGGAUCGAAAGGACUUGGGACCGAAGCUGUUUCUAGCCUGGACAGCAUGGGUGUGUGUUUGGACUGCUUUUCUGCUCAUCUUGCUGGCAAUUUUGGGUGCAUGCUCUAUAAUAAACAGAUUUACACGUCUUGCUGGUGAAUUAUUUGGUCUACUAAUUGCUAUGCUCUUUAUGCAACAGGCUAUUAAGGGACUAGUAGAGGAGUUUGGCAUACCAGAAAGAGAAAACCCUCAUCAGGUUGUGUUCCUACCUUCUUGGCGCUUCGCAAAUGGGAUGUUUGCAUUAGUUCUAUCCUUUGGCCUUCUGUUCACUGCAUUGAGGAGCCGUAAAGCUAGAUCCUGGCGCUAUGGGACAGGCUGGCUUCGAGGAUUUAUCGCUGACUAUGGUGUCCCACUAAUGGUGCUUGUUUGGACGGGCGUAUCGUAUAUACCAGCCAAUGAUGUUCCACAAGGGGUUCCACGACGCCUUUUCAGCCCUAAUCCAUGGUCGCCUGGUGCUUACUCGAAUUGGACAGUUAUAAAGGAAAUGCUGCACGUUCCUCCACUGUAUAUUUUUGGAGCUUUUAUUCCAGCCACAAUGAUUGCUGUUCUGUACUACUUUGAUCACAGUGUUGCAUCUCAACUUGCACAACAAAAAGAGUUCAAUCUAAAGAAACCUUCCUCGUAUCAUUAUGAUCUCCUUCUUUUGGGCUUCUUGGUUAUACUAUGUGGUCUUAUUGGCAUUCCUCCUUCCAAUGGAGUCAUUCCACAAUCUCCAAUGCAUACGAAAAGCUUGGCCACAUUGAAACAUCAGCUUUUACGGAAUAAACUUGUAUCAACAGCAAGAAAAAGCAUGAGUAAAAAUGCAAAUCUUGGCCAAUUGUACAGGAGCAUGCAGGAGGCUUACAAUGAGAUGCAGACUCCCCUUGUCUAUCAAACUCCAUCGGGACUGGGGCUCAAAGAGCUAAAGGAGUCAACAAUU